AUGCAGGAGUCUUCCUCAUUAAUUAGGGCUACUCAGAAUCCUACUCAAUUUGAAGAAGCUAGAAGAACUCAACCACAUGCACAAACUAUUAGGUGGAUACCUGAUGGUUCUUCUCAAGUUAUAAACACACAGCAACAUAGACAGCAAGGGAGACAAGUCCCUUCAAGGUAUUUGACAGAUUUAUCUCAAGGUGGAAGCAAUGCCCAAAAGAAAAGAAAAAUGCCUCAAUUGUCUGCCAAGGCUCUUCUAGCAAACAAGAAAGAAAAAACCAAGGAUGACUAUGUUUCUUAUUUUGUAUCAUCUGCAAAAUUACCAGUUUAUAUGCAGAUCCGUGUUGGUUAUUCUGUAUCAUCUGCAGAAUUAUGUGUUGGUUAUUCUGUUAGUGAAAAAGAUGAGGAGGUAAAGCAGUUGAAAGAUAAAUUUGGCAAACAGGAAUGCACUUUUGAUGAUAUAUGGGCUGUAGUAGAUCUUGUGGAACUUGGGAUUCCUCAUCCUCGUAGUAAUGACAACUCCACCAAACAAUACAAGCGGAAAGUGAUUUUCACUACUCGAUCUGAAGAAUUGUGCACUAAGAUGAGGGCCGAUGAGAAGAUUAAAGUGGAAUGCUUAGAGCCACAAGAAGCAUGGGAUCUUUUCAAAGAGAAUGUUGACUUAGAUGUUAUUGCAUCCGAUGUGAGGAUGAAGGAAAUAGCAAGAAAAGUGAUGAAUGAAUGCAGUGGUUUGCCGCUCACUCUUAUACUGAUCGGUAAAGCCAUGUCGAACAAAAAGAAUUUUGAAGAGUGGGACUAUGUACUCAGGUCUAUGAGGAAGUCCAAAACUAGUAUAAUUCAAGAUGUUGAGAAAUCAUUGUAUCCAACUCUAGAAAUAAGUUAUGACAAUCUCCCUAAUAAACUUUGUAAAGAUUGUUUUCUAUAUAUUUCUUUAUGGCCAAGAGGUGUCGGUAUCUCCAAUGAAGAUAUUAUAGACUUCUGGAUAGGUCUUGGACUAAUCCAUGAAUUUGAUAAUCUGAGGGAAGCUUAUGGUCAUGGGCAGUAUAUCCUUCGUUUACUAGAGGCAGCAUGUUUGUUGGAGCCUUAUGAGAAAGCAUAUAUGGAUUUCAAAAAAGAUCUGAGGUUACAUGAUGUGAUUCGUGAUAUGGCUCUGUGGAUAGUGGCAAAGUCUGAAGCUAGAAACAUAUGGAUAGCAAAUGCAAAUAUGGGAUUGAACAGAAUAUCAAAUGUGGCAGCUAAGAAACUUUACCGAAAUGCAAAUAUGGGAUUGAACAGAAUAUCAAAUGUGGCAGCUAAGAAACUUUACAGAAAUUGA